GCCUGGACCCCUCGAUCAGGGUCCGGCAGGGUCUCUCGGUGGGUAAAGGGAGUUGGACCCUGUUGAGGAGGGGUCGAGACGCGGACCCCGGUGGCUGGCAGCGGCGGAGGUGGUCACGGACAGGGGCGGGGGGAGGGAGUGCCCUGGGAGGCGUCGGAGGCCGGGCGGCGAGGGGAGCGACUCAGGCAUGUCUCUGUCGUUCGCUGGCCUCUCACUCGUGCUCGCUGUGACUCUGGCGCUGGGAGUGACGCGUGGAGACGGGACGUGCGCCAUCACCAACCCCAUCGCCUCGGGGUUCGCCUCCACCAUCGCCGAACUGAGCAACAACCUGCCUCGAGACUACGUUGUGACGGCGCUCUCCGUCCACCCCGGCGUCAUGGAGAAGGAUGUGUGCAGGGCGCUGAGGGCCCUGCUGGUGCUGCGGCCCACCCUGCAGAGGCUUCAGGAGAACGUGGAGGAGCGCACGCUGAUCUACAACAGCACGCGCACCCUGCUCAGCAGCCUCGCCUUCUACGGAUACGUGCACUUCAGCGGCUUGCCGCUGGGGUGCACGCGCUCCUCCUCCAUUCCACAGCGGAACUUCUUCUCGCGCCUGCGCUCCGACAUGGAGGCGGCGUCGCGGGCGCUCGACUCGAGCUGCCCGUUCGACGACCCCGGGAGGGACCUGGCGUGCGGGCCGCCCGCGUGCCCCCGCCACGGCGAGGCGGGGCGCGCCGUCGACUCCGCGGCGACGGCGAGGGACUCGGGCACAGGUUCGAGUCCCGGUCAAACGGGGACCACGGCGCAUCCGGUGGAACGGACCGCGGGGCAGGCGGUGCCGUCACAGGCAUCGCUGCCACCAUCGUCGUCAUCAUCACCAUCGUCGUCGUCAUCAUCAUCACCAUCAUCUUCGUCAUCAUCAUCAUCACCAUCAUCGUCGUCAUCAUCACCACCAUCAUCGUCGUCGUCAUCAUCAUCAUCGGGGCCAUCAACGAGCGAUCUUAGCGGCGGCGACGAUUAUGGAAAUGGCAGUGGUGACGAUGAUGACGACGAUGACGAUAGUCAUGGUGGUGGUGACAGCAGCAGCAGUGACCUCGUCACGACAAACUGGACGGGUUCGACGAGGGGAGCCGGAAGGCCUCACACGAUCACAGCGACCAGCAUCGCCAACUCCACCAUGGCAAACACCACCACAACCACCACGGCCAACAUCACCACCAUGGCCAACAUCACCAUCAACCCCGCGAGCAAUCAGACAGACAAGCAGCUUCGUUCACAAGCAGCCGAUGGACAGCUCCUUCAGCCAGACCUCUCCCACGACAAUGACCCAACCUUGAGCCACACUGCACCGACCAAGGGACCGGACGACGGCUCUAAUCACGACCACCACCACCACCACCCCGGCCAUGGCAAGGAGGGGAUAAGAACAACGCAGCCGAGCGGCGGGAGGCGAACGGUGGUGCAGGCGGGCGUUGGUGGCAUUGGUGGCGUUGGUGGUGGUGACGGCAUUUCGCCAAUGCGGCCCAGCUCGGCGAGCAGAACUUCUCAGAUGCCGCCGACCUCAGGAUGGAGGCGAGGUGGAGGAGGAGUAGAUGAAGGAACGCUGAAGAAGAAGACGACGAAGCCGGUGCCCACUGGGUGGCCUGCGGUGGCGCCCACCACUCCGCCCGCCAGGGACCUCGAGUGUCCCACCGCGUACCACAGCCAGGCCGGUGCAGGAGGUGGUGGCACGGGUGGCAGUCUCGGCACCAUGCUGUUGCUCGGCCUGAUGAGCUCGCUGUCGUCGCUGCUGCUGGGCAUGCUCCUGGGCUGGCUCAUAGCCCGCAAGCAAGCACAAUCAAGAAAGCAAGCGCCACAGGCCCCAGAAGGAGACCCGCUGCGGGUACGUUCUUACGGUGCCCACGAGGAUGUGGGCACUUCCUCCCGCACGGCAUACACGUCUACACCCCCAUCGGAGCCGAAGCAGAAUAUGAAGCGGCAUUGUGCAUCCCCGCGGGCUGAUGUCUCCAGACGCCGUGGCUCCGUUUGUAUAAAACCCAGCGCCGGCAAUGCUCCUACCGGCCCGUGUCAGAGGCACUCGGCCACCACUGCGGUGAUCCUGGAUUCUGAUCCAAGGCGAUUGCUUAGACGAGGUUCUCCAAUCGCGUCACGCAAGGUUGAGGCAAUAGGUGGGUCGCGUUUGUAGGCUGGAGGGAGCAGGGCAGGUCACCGAGAUGGGCAUUGCAGUGGCACCCACCCAGAGGUCUGCGACCAAGGGGAAGACCUGGUGCCAGACCGUGGUGGUGGUGGUGAUGAGGACUAUCAGAGUGGCCUUUGGAAGUCAGGUCACGACUUUGAAAUAGUUGUGAGAUCCUUAAAAAAGAAAGUACGUAAGCCCUGACCGGAUAUCUCACUUGUGUCGGUACCCACCUGCGGUGGCAUCGGGUCGAGCUGUUCCAAUUUCUUAAGUGGCCAAUGGCAGUGAAUCAUGUGAUACCCACUUGAAAAUCAGUGGGCCCUCUUUCGUAUCGCUGACAUAGAAGCGGAACAACAACGACAAUUUCGUGCCAGGAGCAGCGGAGUGUGUCGCUGUGAUGUCUCCUUCGUGUUGGUGGAUUGGGAACUGCGUCGUUAUAUGUGGAUGCCCACAGUCGCACGCUGGACAGUUUUUGUUAUUUUAAAUUAGUGCAUCAGCUCAUCCGCAUCUGCCAUGGUUUGUGCGGAGGAGAUUUAGAGUGGACCAUGAGCUUCGUAGAAGAUCAAACGCAACGAUCUGAGUGGGUUAUUACAUAUUAUUACAUAUGAAUAAAUCUCGUUUUGCUACCUUUUGGUGGUUAAAGGUGCCUGCUUUGGCCCUAGAGACAAAUAUGGGCCACGAUGACUUAAAAAAAUAUAUAUCCGAAAAAGGCCAAAUAUCACGGAACUGUUUCUUCACUAUUUUGUGAUGGCAACAGAACGUGCAAGCAAAACGUGUCGCAAAGUUUCCAUUGCUCCCCAGUCUGCCUGCACGCAACAGGAUCUUUUUUUUUUAUCGCGAAAUGUAAGAUUUUAUGCACGUGCAAGGCGUUUCUGGUUGGCGAUGGUAGUGGGUGUGGAAAUUACCGGAACAAAACCGCCGAUUUCUGUUCAUUUCCAAAUUGUGACCGCUGCAGAGUUUUAAUUCCAUAUUCCUGGCCACAAAGCCAGCACUGGUAUCUAGAUGAAUUGCUAUUAAUCGUCACCGUCAUCAUCCAUUUCAACUGUGGUCAUGCUCUUAUACAUCUCGGUUUAAAUCUGGCCUCAGAAUCAAUGAGACUUUUGUGUAAAGUAUUUUCAGUUUUUAAUGCAGUUUACGAGAAGUGUGCUCACGUGGGGGUGAGCAGUUCAAUUGAUCACCAGGAUAGAUACACACGAAUGGUCCCACAAUCAUGAAUGCUAAUAUCACCGCAAAUCAUAAUCUUUGCCAAUGUUAUCAAACAUUCGACUGUUUUCUGAGAAUUGUAUUGGGGGGGGGGGGGGAAAAGAUGCAACGGAAUGAAUAUUGACGGCAAAAACAUGAUCACAUCCAAUGGGAAGGAACUGCCGUGUAUUGUGAUAAGGGCUGUGACAGAGAAGGCCGCAAAGUCGUUUCAGGACAAAUGCCAUCAAAAACUAUAGGUCACUUGCAACAAGUUCGUUACACAAUCUGAAACUAAGCGGUUUUUUUUUUUUUUACCAGAUAACGCCCACUGAGCUAAUUUAGCUCUUUUUCAGAAGCGACCUGGCCACAAAUGAUAGUUCAGCGAAGUGGCUUAUCACGUGGAAAUUUAUAGCAGCCAAACACUCUAAACGCACGUUCUUUAAUUGUGGAGGGAAAAACGCGAGGACCCGAAGAAAUAUCCACGCCACCAUGGGGAGAACACGCAUCUGCCAGAGGGACAUCACUGGGAAAACCCAGCGGAGCGUGUGUGUAUGUGUGGAAAACUUCUUUCACACUACACGUAGCCAACCGUGCUAAUGGUAGGGCGGCUUCUGAAGCUGUAACAGGAUCAAGAACAUUUUAAAAGGAGGGGGAAGAAGAGUAGGUCGUCAUGCUUUCGGAAAGCUGAAAGUGAAAAGUAAACUUGUGGAGAAGCGUUCAAUCAGUGCAUACCACCCGCUGUAGGAGGGUACCACCCGCUAUAGGAGCGAUGAUGAACGGUGGCAUCGAACAGCAACGGAGUGGGCAGCCAAGGGAUGGAACGCGUUCGAGAGCACGACUACCGAGGAGAUGGAGUGAUGAAAUGAGCUCAUGUGCAGUAGGUGCUGGGUGGAUUGUCGUAUUGUAAGAUCGUGAGAGUCUGAAGUGGCUUCCGCAGUGGACUGCUCAGGGCCGAUGGUGAUAAUACAUCCUUAGGGAGAAAGAAUAACAAGUGAAUACACAAUUAAAGGAGGUGUCACAGUUGUUUUGUAACGUUAUGUUUGGGUCACUUCCAUAUAUGGUCAUUUCCAUCCGAGGAAAUACUGUCUUGCAAAUAAUGCGAGCUGGCCCAAUGGUUACCGAGCGCUUUCUCUGCUGGAAUUUUUUUUCCGCUACACAAAGUUCACGUGCCGGAGUGACAAGCGAUGACAAUCAGCUGGCGUGCAGCGCCAGACGGCUCGUCGCACACCGUGGCUGAUCUGCUGAUGGACCCGCUGCCACCAGAGGUUUCUGGUUGACCCGCGCAUACUUGACAGUACCACCCACACUGGACAUCUGUGAAAAAGAGCUUCAUAGCUCAUCGGAUUCCGCCAGUCUCAAUGAAGAUUCUGACGCUGGUUCGAGGGAGGCCUGGGUUUCUGUGAAAACAAAUUCGAAUGGUGUUUCAAAUCGGCAAGCACUUAGCGGUGUUGAGUUAAGCUCCGUGAACUAAUUAUGAAUGCGGAUAAUUUAUUUCACAAAUAUGUGCCGGACGCAUGCGGAACGCAAUUGCGUCUCUGCCACACUUAGCACCUGUUCCAUCUCAUUUGUAUUUCUGUAUUCUCUUAAUAAUCACUAUUGUGAACAUGAUGAGUGCAAAUAAUGUAGCA